AUUUUUAACGUAACCGAACAAAAAGCCGAAAAACGUCACUUUUCCUGACAUUUUUGUCCUACAAGGGGUCACAGUUGAGCACUUGGUGAAUAAUUCGCUGAUAAAUCAAAAGAAAAAUGUUUUCGAGAUUAGUGAGACCCACACUGGUUUCCGCCAGGAAUUUCUCCACAUCUAAACAGAACAACUUCAAAGUAGCUGUUGCUGGUGCCUCCGGCGGAAUUGGCCAGCCUCUCUCUUUGCUUCUGAAAGUCAACCCCCUUGUCACUGAGUUGUCCUUGUACGAUAUUGUGCACACCCCUGGAGUGGCUGCCGAUCUUUCUCACAUUGAAACUGUUGGAAAAGUCAAAGGAUACAAUGGGCCCGAAAAUCUUUUGGAGGCUCUCAGAAACGCUGAUGUUAUAAUCAUCCCUGCUGGAGUGCCAAGAAAGCCUGGUAUGACCAGAGAUGAUCUGUUCAACACCAACGCCGGCAUUGUGCGUGAUCUAGCAAAGGCAGCCGCUGAAGUUGCCCCAAAAGCCUUGAUCGGAAUCAUCACAAAUCCCGUAAAUUCCACCGUUCCAAUCGCUUGUGAAGUGUUGAAACAAGCCGGAAAAUUCGACCCCAAAAGGGUGUUUGGCGUGACCAGUCUGGAUAUCGUCAGAGCCAACACUUUCAUUGCUGAAGGCAAAGGACUUAAUCCCAAGGAUGUAAGCAUCCCUGUUAUCGGAGGACAUUCUGGAGUCACCAUUAUUCCUCUAAUAUCCAGGGCUACUCCAUCCGUGAGCUUUCCAGAGGACCAACUUAAAGCUCUGACCACGAGAAUUCAAGAAGCUGGAACCGAGGUGGUGAAAGCCAAAGCUGGCGCUGGCUCCGCCACUCUCUCCAUGGCUUAUGCGGGAGCUCGUUUCGCCAAUUCUCUUCUUAGAGGUUUGAAAGGAGAAUCGAACGUCAUCGAACCUGCUUAUGUGGUUUCUGAUGUCACUGAGUCUGAGUACUUCUCAACGCCCCUUCUUUUGGGCAAAAAUGGUAUCGAGAAGAACUUAGGAUUAGGUAAACUGAGCGACUAUGAGCAACAAUUAUUGAAAGCCGCCAUCCCCGAAUUGAAAAAGAACAUCAAAGCAGGAGUGGACUUUGCUAAAAAGUAAACUUCUCCUACCUCAUAGAAUUACGAUUCAUUAAUCUAAAAGUUUAACUAGUCCCAUUACAGAAUACCGCAAGGGUAGACCAGUUUUAUAGAUCAACUUUUAUAAAAAAAAAAUAUUUCCUUUCCAGGUUCGCUGGCGAGAAGAAGAAGGCAUUUUCUUAUUGAUUUAUUGUUCAUGUGCGUUAUUUAUUUUUAACUAAACAUUUUGUCAUUCAAACCUUUUAGAAUGUUAUGUUGGAUUCACUAAAUAUACUUUAUUCUUAGUUGA